CAUUGGAUCUUUGUUCUCAGGGAGAACACCUCUGUAGACUCUUGCCCUGGGGUCCUACAAGACUUCAGGAGCUACAGGACUGGUAAACUGCCCAGGAGGAGUCCUCUCUGAGAAUUUCUUAGUGACAGAUUAUGAUUUGAUGCUUAGUUAGCUAAACUUAUCUGUCACAUUGAUUGUCAUAACUGGGUUCAAGUCACUUCUUAUGAGAUAUGCUAUCACUUCAAGAGGAGCUUGAGCUGAGCAGGACUUCAUAAACAAAUCACAAGUGAAAGAGAAAAACCACAUCCAGGGUAAAGUCCCACGCUGAGAACUUUGUUUCAGAGCACUUCCUGAAAGGGGCAGUGCAGCACUCCGCCCAACAGACAACGCCGUAUCAGUACUACAUCUCCAACAACCUCUCAACAGCGAGCAGAGACAAAAGCACCAUCUGUGAAACACAAGGUCUGAGGACUCCAGGACCGGCACGUCGGCAGAUGGUCACCUCUCAGACAGCGCUUUGACCAGAGUCCUGACAGUUUCUGCACAUCAUGGGCACAGGCCUGCUGUAAGAUGACGACCCCCAGCAAUCGCGAUCAGCUGGUCCUUUCUAACAGCUCGAACCCAGAUGAAUACAAAAUCGCAGCCCUGGUCUUCUACAGCUGCAUCUUCCUGAUUGGAUUAUUUGUCAAUGUUACUGCAUUAUGGGUUUUCAGCUGUACGACCAAGAAAAGAACCACAGUAACCAUCUACAUGAUGAAUGUCGCACUACUGGACUUAAUAUUCAUACUCAGUCUACCGUUUCGGAUGUUUUACUACGCAAAGGGUGAAUGGCCAUUUGGAGAGUACUUCUGCCACAUUCUUGGGGCUCUGGUGGUGUUUUACCCAAGCCUGGCUCUGUGGCUUCUUGCUUUCAUUAGUGCUGACAGAUACAUGGCCAUAGUGCAGCCAAAGUACGCCAAGGAGCUGAGGAACACUUGUAAGGCCGUGCUUGCAUGUGUGGGGGUCUGGAUAAUGACCCUGACAACCACUGUCCCUCUGCUGCUGCUCUACGAAGACCCCGAUAAAGCCUCCUCCCCUGCCACCUGCCUCAAGAUUUCUGACAUUGUCCACUUAAAAGCUGUCAAUGUGCUCAACUUCACUCGGCUCCUGCUUUUCUUCCUGACCCCUUUGCUCAUCAUGAUCGGGUGCUAUGUGGUCAUUAUUCACAGCCUCCUCCAUGGGCAGACGUCUAAGCUGAAGCCUAAGGUGAAGGAGAAAUCCAUACGGAUCAUCAUCACACUGCUGGUGCAGGUGCUCAUCUGCUUCAUGCCGUUUCACGUCUGUUUCGCCUUCCUGAUGCUGCAGGGGGAGGAGACCAGCUACAACCCCUGGGGAGCCUUCACCACCUUCCUCAUGAACCUCAGCACAUGUCUCGAUGUUGUCCUCUACUACAUUGUGUCCAAACAAUUCCAGGCUCGAGUCAUUAGUGUCAUGUUGUACCGCAAUUACCUCCGAAGUGUGCGCAGAAAAAGUUUCCCAUCCGGAAGUUUACGGUCACUUAGCAACAUGAACAGUGAGAUGCUAUGAGUCAGAACAAGCAGCCUGCUUUACUCUCUUUAAAACUCUUUUUCUAUCUACUCUUGAGUGAACCAGCAUUCUAUACUAUCCAGUCCCUUCUCUGGCAAAAAAAAGAAAUAAUAAUAAUAAACUUUAAAACUUC